AUGAAUGAGGUGAAUAGGGGUCCUGAGACAGCGCUGAACACAAGUCCAGGUGGUGCUGCGAAGCCGCCACCACUCAACUCUUUCGAGCUGGACCGCUGCUUGGACAGAGAGGAGGCCGGGCGGUGGGGAGGCGACGCAGCGCGGCGUCGCAGACGCAGCCCUCCGCGUCGCUCGCCGACAGCUGAAAAUGAACCACUAUCUCUUGCUAGGGCAUCAGCUCCAACAUCGCCAACAGCUGGAUCUACUCAAUCCAGCCCAGCACCAGCCUCGCCAUCAGGCAGCACCAACGCAGGUGCCAGGUCUCCAUUACCAUUAGUUGCGCCAGAUCUGCUAGCUAUGCAACUGCUGGACCAGCAUAGCCAGCUUCAAGCGCUGAUGAAGCAACGCCUGUUUCAUCAGCAUCAUAUGCAGAAACAGCACAUGUCAUCAGAGGCAGCGAAAAGACUGGAGCAGUCACGGUUGCAAGACCAAAUAAGCCUCAAUCUGCUCUCACAGUCCCAUCUUCAAGCACCAGACAGUUCGCCAGGUUCCCUUCAGCAACAGCUUGGUGCCCAACAGCAACAGCUGGUACAGCAAUUGCAGGCGGUCCAGAGGCAAUAUCUGAUGCACGCACCACUUUCCGUUCCUCCAAAUGCACCGCCAGGUCUAAUGUUAUGGGGUAGUGAAAUAGAGGAACACCCCUUGUAUGGACGAGGUGUGUGUAAGUGGCCGGGAUGCGAUGCCCUCGCUGAAGAUUUCCAGGCUUUUCUCAAGCACUUAGAAGCAGCACACACAUUAGACGAUCGUUCAGCUGCGCAGGCGCGUGUCCAGAUGCAGGUGGUAGCCCAGUUGGAGCUGCAGCUACGCCGUGAGAGGGACCGUCUGGCUGCCAUGAUGCGUCAUCUCCAUGCUGCAAGGGAUACCGCUCAUCAUCAUAAAAUGCCACAUGGACCUGCCAGUGAAGGGGCAUCUCCAGGACCCGUGAGGCGUCGGGUCUCCGAUAAAUCAGGGGUGGCCAUAGCUGGAGGUCUUCCGUAUAUGCUCGAAAGAGCUGGAUUAGACGUACAACAAGAAAUACAAAGGAAUCGGGAAUUUUAUAAGAGCGCGGAUGUGCGGCCGCCCUUCACUUACGCAUCACUUAUAAGACAGGCCAUAAUAGAGUCUCCAGACAAACAGCUCACGUUGAACGAGAUUUACAACUGGUUCCAGAGUACUUUUUGCUACUUCAGACGAAACGCGGCCACUUGGAAGAAUGCAAUCCGGACGAACCUGUCUCUACACAAAUGUUUCGUGCGCUACGAGGAUGACUUCGGUUCGUUUUGGAUGGUGGAUGAUGCGGAAUUCGUGAAGAGAAGGCAUCUCAGCCGAGGUCGACCCAGAAAGUAUGAGCCAGCCCCACCGGGACCCAACGCUCAACAAUUUUUGGGAGCUCAAAGCCCACCAAUGAUGACUAGUCCUCAUGGAUACAGCGAAGCUUUGAAGCGAAACCUUCAGGGUAUGAUGGAGGAUUGCAAUCUAGCGUACAUGUCAACGGAUGAUCAUAUGAUGCAAAAUGAUGAUUACCAAUCAUCCCAUGAAGAUUACAGCCGACCACAAAUGAUGAACGGUUACGGCAACAGCAGUUCCUCACACGACGUCAAAGCCGAAGAUCUGAGUGCUAACGACGCACAAGAUAUUAAGCCAAAUAUUUAUGCGCUGAAGAACGAAAUGCAGGCUUCUGAUUAUACCAGUAAAGGUGAUUACUCAAAUUCAACCAAGGAGUCCUCGAGCAACCGCUCCAGCGAAACAAGCCCAUACAACGAGUACGCGCGUCCCGAGGACAGAUACCGGGCCCUCUCCCACAUCAAAGACGAGGCAGAAAACUUGUCCCUCAACGAGCAAAGGUCUGACAAGUAG